AUGGAAUAUUCAACUGGCUUCAUGCCAAUAUCGGUAGCUCUUGAGGAUUUCAAUAACGAUAACCAAUUAGAUAUCGUCGUUGCUAAUUUUUGGGACAAGACUGUGAGUAUACUUAUCGGAUAUGGCAACGGCUCUUUUCGAGAUCAGAGGACAUAUAUAGUUGGUGUUGGGCCACAAUCUGUAGCUGUUGGUGACUUUAACAGCGAUAACAGAAUGGAUAUCGUCGUCAGUAAUAAUAUCGAAAACACUGUCAAUGUACUUCUCGGACAUGGCAAUGGUUCUUUUGACGAUCGAAGGACAUAUAGAGCUGGCUAUGAACUACAAUCUGUAGUUAUUGGUGAUUUCAACAACGACACCCGACUAGAUAUGGUUGUAGCCAAUUCAUAUAGCAACACUGUAAGUGUUCUACUUCGUUAUGACAGAGGAGCUCUAGCGAAUGAAACUACAUUUUCAUCUGGCGAUGGUUCUCGUUUGCAAAGCGUUGUUGUUUUUGAUCUCAAUAACGAUAGCUUUCUGGAUAUAGUCGUUGCCAAUGAUGGAACAAAUAAUAUAGGUGUUCUUUUGGGUAAUGGGAAUGGUACUUUCAGAGACCAAUUGAAGUUCUCAACUGGCGUUCAUUCUCAUCCUCACUCGAUUGCUCUUGGUGAUUUCAAUGUAGACGAUCAAAUGGAUAUUGCAGUGGCCAACCGUGUCACGAAAAAUAUUAUACUAUUUUUAGGUGAUGGAAAUGGAAUGUUUGAAAGUCAAGAUAGUAAUGAUAACGUUUAUGAUGCUACUCCAUUGUUCAUAGGUGCUGGUGAUUUAAAUAAUGACGAGACUUCAGAAAUUAUUGUCACAUAUUAUGGCAUUGAUAAUGUCGAUGUGUUUGCUGUAUAUGACACUGGAUAUUUUCCAAAGCAAACAACGUAUUUAACUGGAUCUUGGCCACAAUCUACAGCUAUUGGUGAUUUUAACAACGACACUCGACUGGAUAUAGUCGUGGCUAAUGCGUAUAGCAAAACUGUAAGUGUACGUCUCGGAUAUGGAAAUGGUUCUUUUGGAGAUCAGCAAGCAUAUUCAACUGGCGAUUUAUCAUAUUCUGUGGCUAUUGGAGACGUUAACAAUGACGCCCGAUUAGAUAUUGUCGUUGCUAAUAUGGGCGACAACACUGUAAGUGUACUUCUCGGAUAUGGAAAUGGUUCUUUUGCAGAUCAACAGACAUAUUCAACUGGCUUCAAACCACAAGGUGUGGCUGUUGGGGACUUUAACAAUGACGCUCAAUUAGAUAUUGUUGUUGUUAAUUCUGGAAACCAUACUGUGAGUGUACUUCUCGGAUAUAGGAAUGGUUCUUUUGCAGAUCAGCUGACAUUUUCAACUGGUUGGGCGCCACAAUCUAUAGCUGUUGGUGAUUUUAACAACGACACCUGUUUAGACAUCGUCGUUCCUAAUUUUGGGGACCAAACUGUGAGUAUACUUCUAGGUUAUGGCAAUGGUUCUUUUGACAAUCAAAAAACAUAUUCAAUUGGUGAUGAUCCAAUGUGUGUAGCUGUUGGUGAUUUUAACAACGAUGGCCUAUUGGAUAUCGUUGUUACUAAUGAUGGACGCAACUCUGUAAGGAUACUUCUUGGAUAUGGAAAUGGCUCUUUUAGAGAUGAAACAGCAUAUUCAACGGAUAGUCAUGCCAUCUUUGUAUCUGUUGGAGAUUUUAACAACGAUAACCGAUUGGAUAUCGUCAUUGCUAAUUGGGAUAAAAACACUAUCAGUGUACUUAUCGGACAUGGCAAUGGUUCGUUUGGACAUCAAAGAACAUAUUCAACUGGCUCUUCCCCAACAUUUGUGACAGUUGGUGAUCUUAACAACGACACACGGUUAGAUAUCGUCGUUGUUAAUAAUGGCGACAGUACUGUAAGUAUAUUUCUUGGACAUCGCAAUCUUGCUUUGGAAAAACAAGUGACUCUUAUUACUGGCACUGGAUCUCAACCGAGAUCAUUUGCUUUGGGGGAUUUCAACAAUGACAACCAAACAGAUAUUGCGGUCGUGAAUUCACGUACUAACAAUGUUGGUAUUUUUCUGGGAUACGGAAAUUAUUCUUUCACAAAUCAAACCACAUUCUUAACUGGCACUACUCCAAUCUCAAUUGCAACUGGUGACUUAAACAAGGAUAAUAUACUUGAUAUUAUUAUUGCAAAUCAUGACACUGACAGUAUCGGUGUAUUUCUUGGAGCGGGAAAGCGUGAUAAAUUACAUUCAGUGAAUAUUCAAACCAAUGCGUAA